AUGGCAUGGCUCAUGAAACCUUCUGAAGACAUGAACGAUGAAUGCAGCAUUCUCAAUUCUCUUUCGAGUGCUACAAAUGAGUUACGUACCGACCAGGUUGUCGUUGAGUUGCUAUCGUGCUCAGCCAAACUCACAAAGGCGACUCAGUCACUCCACGAGGAACUCGGAGUCCGAACCAAUAAGGCUGUUUUCGACAACAUUGUGGCGCAACAUCUAGUGGUUGUUUGCCACAUGCAGCUACUCAGCAGCUUUGUAGCUGUACUGGGUGCCUUGCAGGAUGGCGCUGAGGUCAUCCAAGGAAACAUGACGCCAGGACUUGCGGAUCUCCGGCUGGCAAUGGUGGUACAGGUGAGUUCUUACUUAUUCGUGCGACAAUGCCGCGUAGUCGACGGUUAUCUGGAAGUGGAAUCGGGACCGAAGUCAAGUACAGGGUAUUCGAACCAAAGGACUGAAGAUGGGAGGGUGAUACAAGAGUUGAGGGCUGGAGUUCACAGCCGCCUUGCAUGGUUUCAGAGGUUUUGGUAUGGUCCUACGUAG